GGUCAAAGCCUCCAACAAAGCUCUGCUGAGCAGCUGUAACCUCUCAGAGAAAAGCUGUGAAGAUUUGUUGUCAGUCAUCAGCUCCCAGUCCUGUAGUCUGAGAGAGCUGGACCUGAGUACCAACAGCCUCAAUGAUUCAGCUGUAAAGCUUCUGUCUGCUGCAAUGGAGAGUCCACACGCCAAACUGAAUAUCCUGAGACUCAACAUCUGUGAAAUCUCAGAGAAAAUCUGUGAAGCUCUGUCCUCAGUUCUCAGCUCUGGGUCCUCUAGUCUGACAGAGCUGGACCUGACCAUCAAAAACCUGCAAGAUUCAGGAGUAAAGCUUCUGUCUGCUGGAGUACAAAGUUUAAACUGUAAACUGAAUACUCUGAGACUGACUGGUUGUAAUCUCUCAGAGAGAAGCUGUGAAGCUUUGUCCUCAGUUCUCAGCUCCCAGUCCUCUAGUCUGAGAGACCUGGACCUGAGUAACUCUGACCUUCAGGAUUCAGGAGUGAAGCUUCUGUCUGCUGGACUAAAGAGCUCACAGAGUGCAGUGGAAACUCUCAGUCUGUCAGGCUGUCUGAUCACAGAGGAAGGCUGUACUUCUCUGGCCUCAGCUUUGAGCUCCAACCCCUCCCAUCUGAGAGAGCUGGACCUGCGCUACAAUCAUCCAGGAGACUCAGGGAUUAAGCUGCUUUCGGCUGGACUGAAGGAUCCAGGCUGGAGACUGGACACUCUCAGGUAUGGAGAGAAUGUCUGAUAGAGGAGGAAGAGAUGGAAACAUUUCCUGUGUCCUUCACUCACUUCCUGUUUG